GCGCGAUCUGCCAGAGGAGGAGCAGGGGGCGCCGGGCUUCUCCCCGCGGGAGCCCCCAGCAUGGUUGACUAUAUUGUGGAGUAUGACUACGAUGCUGUACAUGAUGAUGAAUUAACUAUUCGAGUUGGUGAAAUCAUCAGGAAUGUGAAAAAACUGCAGGAGGAAGGAUGGCUAGAAGGAGAACUAAAUGGGAGAAGAGGAAUGUUUCCUGAUAAUUUUGUUAAGGAAAUUAAGAGAGAGACAGAAUCCAAGGAUGACAAUUUGCCCAUUAAACGGGAAAGGCAUGGGAAUGUAGCAAGUCUUGUACAACGAAUAAGCACCUAUGGACUUCCAGCUGGAGGAAUUCAACCACAUCCACAAACCAAAAACAUUAAGAAGAAGACCAAGAAGCGUCAGUGUAAAGUUCUCUUUGAGUACAUUCCACAAAAUGAGGAUGAACUGGAGCUGAAAGUGGGAGAUAUUAUUGAUAUUAGUGAAGAGGUAGAAGAAGGCUGGUGGAGUGGAACGCUGAACAACAAGUUGGGACUGUUUCCCUCAAAUUUUGUGAAAGAAUUAGAGGUAACAGAUGAUGGUGAAACUCAUGAAGCCCAGGAGGAUUCAGAAACUGUUUUGACUGGAACUACCUCACCUUUACCAUCUCCGGGGAAUGGGAGUGAAACUGCACCUGGAUCAGUUACACAGCCAAAGAAAAUUCGAGGAAUUGGAUUUGGAGAUAUUUUUAAAGAAGGCUCUGUGAAACUUAGGACAAGAACAUCUGGUAGUGAAAUAGAAGAGAAGAAAACAGAAAAGCCCUUAGUUAUACACUCAGUAGGAUCCAAAGCACAGAGUGUGGACAUAACAAAAACAGAAACAGAAAGUAAAACUAAAGCAAAGGAAUAUUGUAGAACGUUAUUUGCCUAUGAAGGUACUAAUGAAGAUGAGCUUUCUUUUAAAGAGGGAGAGAUAAUCUACUUGAUAAGUAAGGAGACUGGAGAAACUGGCUGGUGGAAGGGUGAACUUAAUGGUAAAGAAGGAGUAUUUCCGGAUAAUUUUGCUAUUCAGAUAAAUGAACUGGAUAAAGACUUUCCAAAACCAAAGAAACCACCACCACCUGCUAAAGGUCCAGCUCCAAAGCCUGAGCUAAUAGCUACAGAGAAGAAGUAUUUUCCUAUAAGGCCAGAAGAAAAAGAUGAAAAAUCAGUACUGGAACAGAAACCUUCUAAACCAGCCGCUCCACAAGUCCCACCUAAGAAGCCUACUCCACCCACCAAAGCCAAUAAUUUAUUGAGAUCUCCUGGAACAGUAUACCCAAAGCGACCUGAAAAACCAGUCCCUCCACCACCUCCUAUAGCCAGGAUUAAUGGGGAAGUUUCUACCAAUUCAUCAAAAUUUGAAACUGAGCCAGUAUCAAAACCAAAGCUAGAUUCUGAACAGUUACCACUUAGACCAAAAUCAGUAGACCUAGAUUCAUUUACAUUUAGGAGCUCUAAAGAAACAGAUCUUGUAAAUUUUGAUGACAUAGCUUCCUCAGAAAACUUGCUACAUCUCACUGCAAAUAGACCGAAGAUGCCCGGAAGAAGGUUGCCGGGCCGCUUCAAUGGUGGACAUUCUCCAACUCAAAGCCCAGAAAAAAUCUUGAAGUUACCAAAAGAAGAAGAUGGUGCCAACUUAAAGCCAUCUGAAUUUAAAAAGGAUUCAUGCUAUUCUCCAAAGCCAUCUGUGUACCUUUCAACACCUUCAAGUGCUUCUAAACCAAAUACGGCUGCUUUUUUAAGUCCAUUAGAAAUCAAAGCUAAAGUAGAAUCAGAUGAUGCAAAAAAAAAUCCCUUGGAUGAACUUAGAGCUCAGAUUAUUGAAUUGCUCUGCAUUGUAGAAGCGCUGAAAAAGGAUCAUGGGAAAGAACUGGAAAAACUACGAAAGGAUUUGGAAGAGGAGAAGGCAAUGAGAAGUAAUCUGGAGGUGGAAAUAGAGAAGCUGAAAAAAGCAGUCCUGUCUUCUUAAAAUGGCAUGGCCCCGUGUUCUUAAGGUUCCAGGGAUUCAGAAGCAACACUAUGAACUUCAACUGACUUGUUACUUAAAAAUAACAAAUGCUGUUGUCCUGAUAAAGAAAUAUGAGUAUUUGAACUAUAAUCUAUAGAAAAGUAGGGAGAGGGUGGAUUUUUUUUAUAUAUAUUUUGUUUUGCCAAUAUGAAAAAAGAAAAGGCCUUAUUUCUUAUGUGCUGGAAUUGCAAACUUUUUUUUUUUUAGUUUGCUUGAAAAUACUACUGAAUCUGUAUAAAAAGGAAAGAAAGUUCACAAUAGUUUUUUUAUUGAAACUUGUAGUAUUAUUUUUAAAGAGAUCUAUACUAUAAAUAUGGUGAUAUCUUUACAAAUAAUCUGUAAAAUAUACUAUUUGAAAGGGACAAAUUAGCUUUAUAGUAACUAUAGCCACUACUUUUCCCAUAAUACAUAAGGGAUAUAAACUUUGUAUAUAUAUAUAUUUUUUACUUUUAGCUUCUUACCCAGGAUUACACUGUUGUGCCUGUUUGUUUGCAGUGCUGUUUAUACUCUGGGUGAUGAAAUAGGAGUUUCCUAGCUAUAAACCAGAUUAUUCACCCAAGCAUAUAGUAAUAACUAAUGAAACAAUCAAAAUAAUUUCUUCAAUUUUUAGAAUAUUUUAUAUUGCUUGCACUAUAGGAUUCAUAAAAGGAAUUUAGUUAAAAUAUAUUGGAUUGUUAACUAUAUUUGGGAAAAUAUGAGCUAUAUUUUAAAUUCAUUAGGUCGAGGAACUAAAAAUGUCAGUUUAACCCUUAACUUGUGCCUAGAAACUACAGCACAUAUAAUAUGCAAACACCAGCCUUAUUGCUGUACUUUUCUGCUUAUUUUACAGGCUCAGAGAUUACUCAUUUUGUGAUCUUGUGAUUGAGUUGUUCAUACUCCUCCCUCUGAUUUUUAAUAAUGGUAAUAUGAGGAGAACAAAACUCAGAACACUGAGAACUUCGGUGUGAGGUUUCAUACUUUGACAAAUUAUCAUCGUGUAAAUACUCAGGUUUGACAAUGUGUAGUUUACCUAAAAGGCCAAACUAACUGGUGGAGAUAUUUUAGGCUGUCAUUUAGGUACCAGAGUGUUAGUAUAUCAUAAAACAUAACAGUACAGCUUAUUUAAAACCAAAUACAGCUGACCAUAUUCAAAAUGCAUUUUCACAGGAUGGAUGAAUUAGUAGUUUCUUCAGAGUCACUUAUGAACAGUUGAACGUUUUAAAAUGUUUCUAUAGAUAACCUGUCUUAAAAUAUGUGGGUUUAUAUUAAAAAUAGAAAACUUGACUUUUCAUUUAUAAGAAAAUUAGAUUUUAAGCUUUAUUAUAGCAAAGACUUUCAGAUUUUGAGUACCACCUAUCAUGCUUCCGUUUUGUGUUAUUUUAAACGACCAAACCAAUAUUUUCCCUUUAAGUUUUAAUCUUAUAUACUGAAAUCUUGUGUUAAUGAAAUUUUGCCAUGUUGUCUCACAUAAAAGAGAACUGAAGUAGAAAAUAAUAGAAAUUCCAGGAAUUACUUAAUGUUAAAUUCAGGAAACAUGAUUGUGCAUUGAGUAUGUACAUUUUAACUCUUUAAAGUCCUUGGGCUUUUCUGAUUAGGUCACUACUGAACAAAAUUGUUUACUCCUAUUCUAAUAUUUUUAAAUUGACUUGUUGAAUGAUUUCCUUCUUGCUAAAAAAAUUAGAUUUUUUAAAUUUUAUUAUGUUAUUUAGAUUUUAUUUUCUUUUAAUUGUCCUUAGGUAGAAAUAAAAACAUUGUGUUCUAGAAAUCAUUCUCCAGCUUUCUGACUGGAACAUCUAUUAAGUGACCCCUCCUCACCCUGAUAAUGGGGUGAGGGAAGUUUCCAGCAGAUUUCAGACUGUUCUUAAAGUUUUUCUUGGUCAUUUUCUCACUAGUGCAUAAAAUGAAGGUGGUCAUGAAUGCUGACAUACAUUUAAAGUAUCUGCUUUGUAUACUCCUCAGUCAGAAUAGAAAUUAAAGUACUUUGUCUCUAUUAGAAAAUUAUUGUGGCUCUAUUUUUCUGCCCUUGAUCAAAAAGUAAAGUUCUUAAAGCCAAACUCAAGGGAAAAAUGAUUACUUCAAUCUAGCAAUUUACCAGUAUUUGCUCUUGAUGUGGGAAUUUUAUUAUUUUUAUUCAUAAAGUUCAUAUCACAAAAUAGCCUUUAUUUGGGGAUAAAUUAUUGUUUUUUCUAU